ACGUUCUUUGUAGCCUGGAGCGCAUGGAGAGCUUGUGAAGUCGCGUGCGCGUUCACGCUUCGGUACAACGCUGACGCGCAAUUCGGACGCGCGCCAGCUUGUUUGUAGCGUGCGUGUAGCAGCAGGUCUGGGAAUCGAUUCGCACUUUGAUGUGAAUGAACGGACGGAAUGGACGUGUGAGGGGAAAAAAGAGGAGAAUAACAGGUCAGGAGGAAGGUUACAGUAAAAACAUGACUUGCCAUAACCAUAACCAGACCAGCGCACGUGAGAAACAGACCCACCUUCCAGACCAGCGCACGUGAGAAACAGACCCACCUUCCAGACCAGCGCACGUGAGAAACAGACCCACCUUCCAGACCAGCGCAUGUGAGAAACAGACCCACCUUCCAGACCAGCGCACGUGAGAAACAGACCCAUCUUCCAGACCAGCGCACGUGCAAAACAGACCCAUCUUCCCAACCAGCGCAUGUGAGAAACAGACCCAUCUUCCCAACCAGCUCAUGAAAAAAUUUAACCUGUUUAUCCUGACGGCUCCUAUCUGAAAAGAAGAUACAAAGAUGAAUUACUCCUUCCUCUCUAUCACAUCUUCACAUUGGUUCCUGGUCAUACAAAGUGAACAAAUGAAUUUCCUGCUCAUCCCUGCUGUUCUUCUCACUACCAUGACUCUAGUGAUAAACCCAUUAAUCCUCUUCUGCAUCUUCUACAGUCCAUCUCUCCGGCAGGAAACUCGUUACCUCCUCCUGGCCAAUACACUGUUAUCGGACGUCCUCUUCCUCUGCUUCAACCUCGCCAACAUCUCCUGUAAUGCACUGGACAUGGAAAUUCACUACAUAUUCUGUGAGGUUUUAAUGGUUGCCAUUGUGACUACAUACUGCUCCUCUGUGUUAACUGUCACGCUGAUGGUCAUUGACACGUUUAUGGCUGUGCGUUGGCCAUUGCGCUACAAUGAAAUCCUGACCCCAUCACGUGUAAAGAAGAUAGUCGGGGUUGUGUGGGCCUUAGCUGUGACGUAUCCUCUCUCUCUGCUGGUCGUAAUGGCGGUCCGUAAACAGGGCAACCCAGAGAACCUGAAGGUGUGUUUGGUGCUGCUCAUUCUAGGAUUACUGGAAAAAGACAUUGGUGUCAGCCUGCAUAUCUACUUCAGCGUGUGGGUGAUUUUUUGCACUGUGCUGAUCCUCUAUUGCUACGUCCGUCUCUAUAUGGUUACCAGGAGAUCUGGGAUAUGGCGCAGUCGCUACUCGCGAGCCCGGGUGACGCUGCUAGCACACUCUCUGAUGUUGUUAAUAUACUUCGCACCUGGUUUGGUGUUCACAAUGGAGCUUGCACAGUUUAAGCAGUUGUCUAACCAUCUGCACCUUGCUGUGUGGAUCAAUUCAGUGAAUCUGGCUGUGCUGAUGGUUGUGCCACGUGCUUGUGCUCCAUACCUGUAUGGCUUGCGUUACCGGGAGGUCUAUGAGACAGUUCAGUUGAUGCUGUGCAAAAGACGGCUCAACCAGACCACCAACAGAUCGCCAACACCAACAGAUUCUUAAAGAGCAUAAUUACACAAAAAAAAACUCAACAUGGCAUGAACAUGAAUGGAAUUUAGUGGGUUACAAAACAAUGCAGUGGGAUUCUUAUCUUGCUAAUUUCUACUGUUAUAUAAAGACAACUAGCAAAAAUGAUCAUCUGGCAUUAAAUGAACAUUUGAAAGCCA